AUGGAGGUUGACGGAAGCAAAAUGAAUACUGUUGAGUCAGAACCACCACUUGCGCCACCUCAAGAACCGCUUCGAAAACUCAUUCCUGUGGCUGCAAUAGCGGCAGGGGUGCAAUUCGGGUGGGCCCUUCAGCUCUCUUUAUUGACUCCGUACGUGCAGCUACUGGGCAUUCCUCAUACUUGGGCGGCCUUCAUCUGGCUGUGUGGGCCAAUCUCCGGCUUGUUCGUGCAGCCGAUUGUCGGGUACUACAGUGACAAUUGCUCCUCCAGAUUUGGGCGUCGCCGUCCCUUUAUAGCCGCCGGUACCGCACUUGUUGCCGUCGCCGUUUUUCUAAUUGGGUUUGCCGCAGAUAUUGGUCAUGCCUCCGGUGACCCACUCGGCAAGACGGCGAAGCCUCGAGCCAUUGCUGUUUUUGUCGUCGGGUUUUGGAUCCUUGACGUAGCCAACAACACGUUACAGGGGCCUUGUAGAGCUCUGUUGGCUGAUCUUUCUGGUGGAAAUGCUCAGAAAAUGAGGAUUGCAAAUUCAUUUUUCUCUUUCUUUAUGGCGGUGGGGAACGUGCUCGGUUAUGCAGCUGGAUCAUAUACUCACCUGUAUAAAAUGUUUCCAUUUACCAAAACAAAAGCCUGUGAUGUGUAUUGUGCAAAUCUCAAGAGCUGUUUUUUCCUCUCAAUAUUUCUCUUGUUAAUUUUAACAAUAUUGGCCUUGAUUAUUGUGCGUGAAAUGGCCGUGGUCCCUUCACAGGCAGAGUCACGAGGUCACGAGGUGGUUAAGAAGGGGAAAAUACCAGUUUUUGGGGAGUUAUUUGGUGCAUUGAAGGGCUUGCCUAGGCCUAUGAGGAUUUUACUCUGGGUGACUUGUUUGAAUUGGAUUGCUUGGUUCCCCUUCUUGCUGUUCGACACGGAUUGGAUGGGGAGGGAGGUGUAUGGAGGGAAGGUGGGGGAAGGGAAGUUGUACGACCAUGGGGUGCGUGCAGGGGCACUUGGGCUGAUGCUGAGUGCUGUGGUGUUAGGGUGCACUUCCCUCGCUAUGGAGUUCUUGGCGCGUGGAAUCGGUGGGGUGAAGCGACUGUGGGGUAUUGCCAACUUUUUGUUAGCCAUUUGCUUGGCCAUGACCGUAUUGAUCACCAAAUUGGCGGAGUCUACUCGGCGUCACAACACCCAUAGUGACGAUGCUAAGCCACCAGUCACUGGUGUCAAGGUCGGUGCUUUGGCCCUCUUCACUAUUCUUGGCAUUCCUCAAGCGGUGACAUUCAGCAUUCCAUUUGCUCUAGCAUCUAUAUUUACUAGUGAUUCUGGGGCAGGACAAGGUCUGUCGCUUGGAGUUCUAAAUCUUGCAAUAGUUAUACCACAGAUGGUGGUGUCGUUGCUAAGUGGACCGUGGGAUGCCUUGUUCGGAGGCGGUAACUUACCAGCAUUCAUUGUGGGUGCGGUAGCAGCUGCAGCUAGCGGGAUUUUCGCACUCACCAUGCUUCCAUCUUUACCUUCCGAAGUUUCACCGGCCAAGGCCAUGAGCGCUGGAGGUUUUCAUUGA